AUGGCUGUUGAAAAAAUAGCCAUUUUAGAUUUUGGUUCUCAAUAUGGAAAAGUUAUUGAUAGAAAAGUUAGGGAAUGUAAUGUUAUGGCUGAAAUUUUACCUAUGACAACAACAUUUAAAGAUAUUAAAGAAUCCGGUGGACCUAAUUCAGUUUAUACUGAAGAUGCUCCAAUUUGUGAUUUUGAAAUAUUUGAGGGAAAACUUCCUGUUUUGGGAAUUUGUUAUGGAUUUCAAUUAUUAAAUAAAUAUUUUAAUGGUAAUGUUACAAAAGAAGCUUUAAGAUCAGAUGGGCAGGUAAAUAUUACAAUUGAUAAUAAAUGUCCUAUAUUUGAUGGUCUUUCAAAUGAGGAGACUGUCUUAUUGACACAUGGUGAUUCUGUUGUAAAAGAAAGUUUAUCUAAUGAAUUUGAUGUUAUUGGUUUAAAUGAUAAAUUUAUUGUUGGAAUUAAACAUAAAACAAGAAAUUUAUUUGGAUUACAAUUUCAUCCUGAGGUUGAUUUAACAAUUAAUGGACACAAAAUUUUGGAUAAUUUUUUAAAAAUUAUAUGUAAUCUUAGUGGAAAUUUUACAAUGGUAUCUAGAGAAAAAGUUUGUAUAAAUGAGAUUAGAAAAAUUGUAGGAGAGAAACAAAAAGUUCUUGUUAUGGUUUCAGGAGGUGUUGAUAGUACUGUUUGUGCUGCUUUACUUAAUGAAGCUUUAGGACAUGAUAGAGUUAUUGCUGUACAUAUUGAUCAUGGAUUUAUGAGAUUAAAUGAAAGUAAAAAAGUAGUAAAAAGUUUAGAAGAUAUAGGUUUAAAAGUUCAUUUUUAUGAGGUACAUCAAAAAUUUAUUAAUGGUACAAUAGAAGGAGAUGAUGGUAAAAGAAAAAAACUUUGUGAAAUUGUUGAUCCUGAAUUAAAAAGGCAAAUUAUUGGAAAUACAUUUAUACAUGUUAAAGAUGAUGUUAUGAAAGAUUUAAAUUUAGAUAGUAAUAUAUUUUAUGCUCAAGGAACACUUAGACCAGAUCUUAUUGAAUCUGCAAGUUGUUUAGUUAGUGGUAGAGCUGAUAAAAUUAAAACACACCAUAAUGAUACAGAAUUAGUAAGAGAAUUAAGAAAAUUAGGAAAAGUUGUUGAACCAUUAAAAGAUUUUCAUAAAGAUGAAGUACGAGCAUUAGGUGUUACUUUAGGUUUACCUAAUUAUUUUGUACAACGUCAUCCUUUCCCUGGACCAGGUUUAGCUAUACGAAUUAUAUGUGCUGACAAACCUUUUGAUGAAGGACAUUUUCAAAGUACAAAUGAAUUAUUACAAAAUGUUAUGUCAUUAGCAAAAUGUACAAAAGAUGAAUUAAAUAAUAAUUAUACAGAUAUUAUAAGAUUAAUUCAUCAUAGAGACUUAGAAAUUUUACUUAAUCCAUUGUGUCUUGAAUUUAAAGCUAUCCUUUUACCAAUAAGAACUGUUGGAGUUCAGGGUGAUACACGGACAUAUUCUUAUGUAGUAGCAUUAUCUUCCUCAUCAAAAAAUAUCCCAUGGGAUCUAUUAAAAUCAUUAGCAAAAAUAAUUCCAAGUAUUAUACAAAGAAUUAAUCGUGUUGUUUAUGCAUUUGGAAAAUCAUUUGAUACAAAUAAUAUUAGUGAUAUAACACCAACAUAUCUUACACAAGAUAAUAUUAAAAAUUUAGAGAUUGCUGAUGAUAUUGUGACAAAUAUAUUAAUGGGUUUAAAUGAAGAUGGAUCCCAAAGUAAUACAAUAAAAUCAUCAAUUCAUACCAUUCAACAGAUGCCGGUCAUCCAAAUUCCAAUUCAUUUUGAUAGAUCAAAAAAUGAUUUUGAACCAUCAACAAAACAUUCAUACGUAUUGAGGCCUUUUAUAACAAAUGACUUUAUGACUGGAACAGCUGGAGUGCCUCCAUUAUUUUCUGAAAGUGCAUUAUUAGAAAUGAAUAGGAGAAUUUUAAAAAAUGUAUCAGACGCUUCUAGGGUAUUACUGGAUUUGACAUCUAAACCUCCCGGUACAACAGAAUGGGAAUAA